AUGGCCGCUGCAUUCGACGAGGAAGACCUCGCUAUUCCCCUCCCCUCCGACCGUGAUCGUCCGCGUGAACGUGCGAGACCUCCCGCCUCCAACCCCUCCGCCAUGGCAAUGCCCGCGCCCUCGAGGCCGACCAGCAAGAUCGAGGACCCAUUGCAGUCACCGUCGACUACCCGAGAUAUGCAACGCCUCGACCAGUACCAGACUAUACGGGUCUUGGGCGAGGGUUCCUUUGGCAAGGUGAAGCUUGCUAUCCACCAGCCAACUGGACGUCAAGUUGCUCUGAAGAUCAUCUCCCGACGCAAACUACUCUCCAGAGAUAUGGUUGGGCGCGUGGAGCGAGAAAUCCAGUACUUGCAAUUGCUACGACAUCCACACAUCAUCAAAUUGUAUACGGUGAUUGCGACCAAGACCGAUAUUGUGAUGGUGCUGGAGUACGCAGAGCGAGAGUUGUUCGAUUAUCUCGUGAGGAAGGGAAGAUGCGGCGACGAUGAAGCCCGGAAAUUCUUCCAGCAAAUCAUCUGUGCUGUGGAAUACUGCCACCGACACAAGAUUGUACACCGUGACUUGAAGCCUGAGAACCUGCUCAUCGACAACCAGAAGAACGUUAAGAUUGCGGAUUUCGGUUUGAGUAAUAUUAUGACGGAUGGCAACUUCCUGAAGACCAGCUGCGGUAGCCCGAACUACGCUGCGCCAGAGGUCAUCUCCGGAAAGCUCUAUGCUGGUCCUGAGGUCGAUGUGUGGAGUUGUGGUGUCAUUCUGUAUGUGUUGUUGGUGGGCCGCUUGCCUUUCGAUGAUGACUAUAUUCCAGCCCUUUUCAAGAAGAUUGCAGCGGGCACCUUCCACAUACCUGGAUAUGUUUCAUCCGGGGCAGCUCGUUUGAUCCGGGCAAUGCUCCAAGUUCACCCCGUCCACCGCAUUACAAUCCCUGAGAUCAGAGAAGACCCAUGGUUUAAGAAGAAUCUCCCCAAGUACCUAGAACCACCACGAGAGGAAUUCAUCGCCCCGGGGGUGGACCCGAAGAAGGUUGAUUCUGCAAGGCUUGACAUAGCAAAGCCUAUAUCGGUUCAAAGCAAAAUCCAUCGAAUUGCAGUUUCCAAGCUCGAACGAAGCAUGGGAUAUGGCCGAGAAGAUAUCGAAGAGGCAUUGAGACAAGCUGAACCCAGCGCGAUCAAGGAUGCGUUCUCCAUCGUUGUUGAGAAUGAGAUGAUGCAAACUAAUUCACCCUCGGAUGUUAAUUUGUUAGCUCAAAAUGCCCAGAAAGGAGCUGCGCCUUCAUCUGCGGAUCGGACUCCUGCGCCUCGUCAUCAAGGGACCCCGGCCGCCCCCACCAUGGACAGGACCGCUAGUGCAUCGCGCCGUAGGGCCUCGGAAGAUCCACAGCAAUCAGACGAGGACGAACUCCGCGUUAGCCACGUCCGAAUCCUCCCUACUAGCUUGCCGUACGUUCACGACCAACUCAUGGAACAACGUGAUCGAGAUAAAAGAGCUCGCAACCAAAUGCUCGAGCAGCGUCGCCAAGAGGCCAUCAAGCUUGACCCAGAGGGACAGGGAUCUGCCUAUCGGGACAUGUCUCCCGAAGAACAGGCUGCCACAGCCCGUGCAUUGAAGCCCCACUCACGCAGUGUCGUCGACUUGGACAAGUUGCGAUUCGAGCCGCCAACCGGUCAACCCCUAGAAAAACAGCCCAAACGGAGCCGUAAAUGGCAGUUUGGUAUUCGGUCCCGAAACCAGCCAUAUGAGGCCAUGCUGUAUCUGUACCGGGCAAUUGCUGCCCAGGGUGGAUUGUGGGAUAUUCAACCCGUGGAAUCAGGCACCAAUAUUGGUCCCGAUGCGACCCCCUCCCCUGAUAAGCCCAAACCCUUGCAGAGCAAAUACCCCGACCUCCCAUCCGACUACUACAUUCCCAAGGACCCAUGGUUUAUCCGUGCACGCCUGCUGAAAGAAGGCAUCAACCCUCCUGGAGACACCACCAGUGCUUACAGUAGCCGCAGUGACCUCGAGGAACUGCGCCGCCGUUUCAACAUCUCGGGAAUCUCUGCCCCAACGGAAGACCGAAGCAGAGAACCCCAGUCCUCCGUCCCCGAGAGCGCUAGUGCGGCCUCCUCAGUCAAUGUACCAAGCGGACUCCAGAAGAUCACCUACGGUGUCUGGGUCUUCCUCGACAUACAGCUCUACCAACUCGAAGAGAACAACUACAUGGUCGACUUCAAAUGCGAUGGCUACCAGAACGUGAUCCGCGCUCAUGGCGAAACCGAAUGGCAUCCCAUCAGCAGACGCCUCAAGAACAAGGAGAAGGAGGUGACCAGUCCUUACCCCUUCCUCGAUGUGGCGUCUGAUCUCGUCGCCCAGCUGGCUGUGGCAAGCUAG